CAGACGCAGACACAGACACAGACGAGCAGUCUCGUCGACGUGGUCAACAUACAUCUUAUUCACCACCAUCAUGUCGUGCCCUUCCACCCCCGACACGCCCUUCAACCCGACGUUCGCGAUGCCCCCAGGCCCCGGCCCGCUGCAGCCGCCCAAGUCACCCGCUCUGCGUGCGGCAGAAGCCCUCGGGCUCGGCCUCAGCACCCUCAGUCCGCCCAUCACGCCGGCGCCUCUAGCCCCCUCCCUCCCCGGCCCGCUGUCGCGCGCGCCGAGCCGCGCCGCCUCUCCGCUCCCCAGCCGCGCGCCGAGCCCAUAUCCCUCCCGCGCGCCAAGCCCUGGACCCCGCGCACUCGCACCGCCGCCAAUUGAAGAUGCGGCGUUCUGCGACGGCGACUUUGAGCUCACGUCCGCUGACAACGUCCGGUGCGUUAAUCUCCAGGAGUCGCUUAUCUCAGCUUCCGCGUGCAGACGUACCACCUCUUCUCGGCUAGGUAGGUAUCCUCUCUCUCACCGCCUGACGCCAGCGCGGGCCUGCGCGCCGAAGCGUCGUGGGACGACGGCGGGCGCGCGCGCCACCUCCACUUUGACGACAACGAGAUCGAGGCUGCGCUGGUGAUCCGCGCCUUCCUGCGCGUCAUAACGACGGGUACGGUUGCAACAACGCCAGACGGCAGCGGAACGCCGUCGGUGUCAGCGCUGCGCCGCCUCAUCCUUUUUCUGCGCAAGUGGGACUGCCCCGUCGCGCUCCAGCUCGUGCUGUUCAAAGUCAAGGAGCUGCUGAGCCAGGGCAUCUCUGUGCCAAUGUACACGUUCAUCCUCGGCGCGACGGCCGACGACGUCGAGACG